CUCCAUUUUCCCCUUGUCUACAGUACGGCUACAAAUCUGGGAUUUUUUAUUACUUCUUUUUUUGUGCUAAACUUGGGCUUCUAAUAUUUUUGCUCGACUUUUUUCCUUGCUUUUCCCCAUCCUUUCUUCCUGUGCUGCUGCUGCUGCCUUUUUCCAAUCUCUCCGGCUUUAUUUUUUUUUUUUUUUUAGGAAAAAAACAGGAGUGUAUAUAUUUAAAAAUAAUCGGUUCUCUUCUCUCUCCCCCCCUCCUCCCGCUUUGGUGUGCGUGUGCGUGCUCUACUGCUCUUCAGGCUGCUGGUCGUCCAGCAUUUACACGAACCCACUGCUCUUUGUUUCCCCUUCUUUUGGAUCUGUUGAGUUUCUUUGUUGAAUAAACCAGCAUGGGUGCCCAGUUCUCCAAGAACGCUGCAAAAGGCGAAGCUGCUGCCGAAAAGCCUGGAGAAGCAGUGGCUGCAUCUCCUUCGAAGGCGAAUGGGCAGGAGAAUGGCCACGUGAAGGUGAACGGCGAUGCCUCUCCGGCAGCUGCUGAGGCGGGCAAGGAGGAGGUCCAGGCGAAUGGCAGCGCUCCAGCCGAAGAGUCGGUGAAGGAAGAGCAGACCCCUUCUGAGCCCGCCUCGGAGAAGGAGGCGGCGGAAGCGGAGAGCACAGAGCCAGCCUCCCCUGCCGAGGGGGAGUCCUCCUCCAAGACCGAGGAGGGAGCGACUCCUUCGUCCAGCAACGAGACCCCGAAAAAAAAAAAGAAGCGCUUUUCCUUCAAAAAGUCCUUUAAGCUCAGUGGCUUCUCCUUUAAAAAGAACAAAAAGGAGUCUGGGGAAGGCGCUGAGGCCGAAGGCGCGGCUGCCUCUGGAGAAGGGGGGAAAGAUGAUGCUGCCGCUGCCCCUGCAGAACCGGCCAGCGGCGAGGAAAGCAAAGCCGCCCCGGAGGCGUCGCCUUCCGCUCCUGCCGCCACUGGCAGCACAGAGGAGACGAAGGAGGAGACGGGAGGCUCGCAGGAGGCCAAAUCGGAAGAGACUGCGCCAGAGAAGCCUGUAGGCGAAGAGCCCAAGGCUGCUGAAGAGCAGAAGCCAGAGGAGAAACAGGAGGAGGCGCCCGCUGCCCCUGCCUCCAGCGCCACCGCCGAAGCCCCCUCAGCCGAACAAGAGGCGCCCAAAGCAGAGGAGGCAGCGGCGGCAGCCCCUACACAGGAAGCCCCAUCCGAGCCUAGUCCAGAAGCUGCACCAGCUGAGUCGGCAGAGUAAAAAAAAAAAAUGAUGGCAAUUUUGAGAUGAUUGAACUUUUCUUCCCCCCUGUUUGUUUGUUUGGAGUGGUGCCAGGUACUGGUUUUGGAGAACUUGUCUACAACCAGGGAUUGAUUUAAAAGAUGUCUUUCUCUUUUUUGUCUCUACCCACAGAUCCCAUCUCAGAUCAUUCUGUUACCACCAUUCCAACUGGCGGAGGAGAGCCUAAAUCCCUCCCUCUGCCUCGUUCCUCUUUUUUUGCAUCAGUAUUAAUGUUUUUUGCAUACUUUGCAUCUUAUUCAAAAUGUAAACUUUUUUUUCUCUGUCAAUCUAUGGACAUGCCCAUAUAUGAAGGAGAUGGAUGGGUCAAUAAGGGAUAGCAAAUGAAGUGAUAGGGGUCACAAUGGGGAAUUAGUGGUGCAGAUAAUUUGCCAAGAAAAUGUGCCACAAGAAAUAAGGGUUAGUCUUUUUUUAAAAAGAAAGUUAUUACAAUGUAUUUUGUGAGGCAGAUGUUCUAUAAGGUUUACAACACUACAAGUCUUGACUAAGAAGGAAGAAGAAAAAUUCCAAUACUCAGAUUUAAAAAAAAUCAUAGUCUUAGGAAAUUCAUUUAAACCAUAGGAACUUUCACUUAUCUCAUGUUAGCUGUACCAGUCAGUGAUUAAGUAGAAAUACAAGUUGUAUAGGCUUUAUUGUUUAUUGCUGGUUUAUGACCUUAAUAAAGUGUAAUUAUGUAUUACCAGCAGGGUGUUUUUAACUGUGACUAUUGUAUAAAAACAAAUCUUGAUAUCCAGAAGCACAUUAAGUUUGCAACUUUUCCACCCUGCCCAUUUUUGUAAAAUUGCAGUAAUCUUGGACCUUAAAAAAACAACACCACACACAAUUUUAAACUCAACCAAGCUGUGAUAAGUGGAAUGGUUACUGUUUAUACUGUGGUAUGUUUUUGAUGACAGCAGAUGAUGCUUUCUUUUUCCAGUUGUCUUUGAGAAUAAAGAAGAAAAAACCAAUUUCAGAUGCAAUGGUUUUUGUGUAGCAUCUUGUCUAUCAUGUUUUUUGUAAAUACUGGAGAAGCUUUGACCAAUUUGACUUAGAGAUGGAAUGUAACUUUGCUUACAAAAUUGCUAUUAAAUUCCUGCUUAAGGUGUUCUAAUUUUCUGUGAGCACACUAAAAGCGAAAAAUAAAUGUGAAUAAAAUGUAGAAUUUGGCUGUGUUUCUUUUUCUGGAUACUCUUGAUAGCUUAGUAGGUUGCCUGUUUUGUCUAAAUUCAUAUAAAGAAGGCACUUGUUUGCUACUUAGUCUUAAUUUCUAAAUUAUCAAUUGUAUGGUCUCCUGGCCCUACAAAAAGCUGUAACUAUAAAGAUCUUUAAGGCCUUUUAAAUAGAAGUGUGCACUAGAUUUUAAAUUAACAACCUGUGCCACUCUGGAAACUUAAUUGGCUAAUAGGAGAUAUGGGAAAAAUAGGAUUAAGAAAACCUGAAUGUUGCACCAGUUGACUGUAGCUAGAAUGGAUGCGUGUGUAGUAAAAAGCCCUGAAGACCACUUUAUGGUACAUUAUAUGGAUGUUUCUUAGCUUGAGUUGACUUGACACUUUGGCUGUGGUUGUUUGGAAUAUCUCGGGCCUUAGCCUGAUUUUUCAAACAGGGACACCUGAAUUCAGGUGUCAAGACAGCAAAGGUCCAAUCUUACCUGCGAGUUCUCAAUAUCUUUUUCAGUGCCUAACUUUAAGCAACCAGCUUGGGAAGUUUGGGCUAAAGUAAACUUUUUUGUUCCUACCACAUUGUUGAGCAAUAUUUUUUGUAAGUUACUCUAAGCUAUAGAUGAGUAAACAAAAAGAUUGCUAUAUGUGUCUCUUAAAAAAGUCACUUGGUGCUUGCCUUUUAACUGUUUAGACUUUUGGGCUAAUUUCCACCAUAUUGCUCAGGGCAAAAUAUGCCUUAAUAAAACAGUAGGCUUUUGUAAAAACAAAUACAGAGUAGUAAUGGUGUUGGAAGGUGGAAAUUGAUUCAAGGAAGUGUUGCUCCUAGGUUUUAUAGGUGAAAUUUAGUGUUACACUUAACUUGCUUCCAUCUAUGUUUUCAGCAGUAACUUGCUUUGGAAGCAAUUAUACUUAUUUUAUGAGAGAGUGGCACAUUAGCACCUUGUUCCCUAAAGAACAAAGCCUGAGCUGAAUGAAGUUCAAUGGAUUCCAUACUGAAUACAUACUCUUAUUCAGCUGUCCACAUCUUUUUAUUUUUUAUUUUUGGCUUGUAUAUAUACUCUGGUCACCCUGGUAUUCUCUGUAGUGUUAGAAAUGUAUUGACUAUUAUGCUUUAAAUGGCCAUGGGAUGAAAUAAAUGGAUGUAAAAUGA